AUGAUAAUUGAUAAUACAACAGAACUACAAGCCAUCCAUUCAUUUUCCAGAUUGGAAUUCUUAAAAGAAGUCUAUGGGAUCAUAUGGGUGCUUGUCCCUAUUUUGACUCUUGUAUUAGGAAUCACACUAGGUGUACUAGUAAUUGUUUGGUUAGAAAGAGAAAUAUCUGCAGGGAUACAACAACGUAUUGGACCUGAAUACGCCGGCCCCUUGGGAAUUCUUCAAGCUCUAGCAGAUGGGGUAAAACUACUUUUCAAAGAGAAUCUUUUUCCAUCUAGAGGGGAUACUCGUUUAUUCAGUAUCGGACCAUCCAUAGCAGUCAUAUCCAUUUUACUAAGUUAUUCAGUAAUUCCUUUUGGUUAUCGCCUUAUUCUAGCCGAUCUUAGUAUUGGUGUUUUUUUAUGGAUCGCUGUUUCAAGUCUUGCUCCCGUUGGACUUCUUAUGUCGGGAUAUGGAUCAAAUAAUAAAUAUUCCUUUUUAGGUGGUUUAAGAGCUGCUGCUCAAUCAAUUAGUUAUGAAAUACCAUUAACUCUAUGUGUAUUAUCAAUAUCUCUACUAUCUAACAGUUCAAGUACAGUUGAUAUAGUUGAAGCGCAGUCAAAAUAUGGUUUUUGGGGGUGGAAUUUGUGGCGUCAACCUAUAGGGUUUAUCGUUUUUCUAAUUUCUUCUCUAGCCGAGUGUGAGAGAUUACCUUUUGAUUUACCAGAAGCAGAAGAGGAAUUAGUAGCAGGUUAUCAAACCGAAUAUUCAGGUAUCAAAUUUGGUUUAUUUUAUGUUGCUUCGUAUCUGAAUCUACUAGUUUCUUCAUUAUUUGUAACAGUUCUUUACUUGGGGGGUUGGAAUCUUUCUAUUCCGUACAUAUUCAUUCCUGAGCUUUUUGAAAGAGGUAAAGUUUUUGGAACAAUAAUCGGUAUCUUUAUUACAUUAGCUAAAACUUAUUUGUUCUUGUUCAUUUCUAUUGCAACAAGAUGGACUUUACCGAGACUGAGAAUGGACCAACUAUUAAAUCUUGGAUGGAAAUUUCUUUUACCUAUUUCUCUAGGUAAUCUAUUAUUAACAACUUCAUUCCAACUUCUUUCACUGUAA